CUUCCGACUCCGACCGUCCGCCGCCGUCACCUCGCCGCCGCCUCCUCCCCUCUCCGCCAUAGAUACGGAUCGGAGGAGAAGGAGGGACUCACUCCAAUAGUAUCGUCUAUUAUUGUUUGUUGCUCUCCCCUCCCCUCCCCCGUGCGUACGUCUCCGAUUACCAACCAGGUCGCCCGCCUCUCGUCGCCGACCGGGCCGGAGCUGCUCGAUCUGCUGCAGUACGUCCAGCCUGCAGCAAUUCGGCCGCCCGCCCGUUGAGAGGAGAGGGAGAGGAGAUGAUCUCAUCUUGCCCCAUCUGCAACGUCCAGGUUCUUACGGCUGAGCUCCAAUGGCAUGCGAAUGCCCAUUUUGACGAUGAUCAACUCCAAACCGACAUGGAAUUGGCCCACCAAAUCGCCCUCACUCAAUCCACGCCCAAUCCCCUGCUGCUGGACACUCAUCAAGAAUGUAACAAUCUGUUCGCUGGUGAUCCUCAUGCUCAAGGAGCCUCCUCAAGCAUCGCCGGAAGCUCAUCACUUCAGGGAAGUGUUUUGGAUGAGCAAGUAUCUUGCUUGCUCCAAGCGCAACUCCGAAGCAAUGUUCAGGAAAUACAAGGAGGUGUUAUGAACUUGUUGAGAGCCUGCCUGGAAUCAGAAGCUGGUUCAUCGACAAGUAUGAUAUCAGGACAUGUUGAUCACUAUCAGAGUCUUUCAUCAGAAGAUAAGGGGUGGGGAUGUGGGUGGAGAAAUAUCCAGAUGCUGAGCUCUCAUUUGCUGAAGCAAAGGCCGGAAGCAAGGGAGGCUUUAUUUGGUGGUUCUGGAUUUGUUCCUGACAUCCCUUCACUUCAGAGGUGGCUUGAGAUUGCUUGGGAUAAGAAAUUUGAUACCCUUGGCUCAAGCCAUUUUCAUAACAAAGUUUAUGGCGCCAAGAAGUGGAUAGGGACCACGGAAUGUGCUGCCCUUCUCCGCUCUUUUGGUUUGCGUGCAAGGGUUGUAGAUUUUGAUAGCACGGAAUCAUCAGGUCCUCACAGUAAGAACGGAAAACAUGCACCAAAAAGAGUACAAGGGCCAAUGGACAAGUUCUUGAUAAAGAAUGUUUCUCCAACAUCUACAUCUUCUGAACUUUGUCGAGAAGAUGCUGAAAACAUGAGAGGCCAACAGGUUCUUGUUGACUGGAUCUGGAACUACUUUGCUAGCAGGCAUUCUGAUAACUCGGACAGUUCAAGGCGUGUGCUUGUGAGUGAUAAAACCCCAUUGUAUUUCCAACAUCAAGGUCAUUCCAGAACCAUAGUUGGGAUCCAAAAGCAAAAUGGUCAACAUGGGAAUCAAGAUCGAUUUACCCUUUUGAUUUUGGACCCUGGCCAUAGAACGUCAGAUUUGGAGAGGGCUCUUCGAAGCAAGACAGGAUGGCAGCGUCUAGUGAAAAGAGGUGUCCACACUCUUAGGAAGCCACAGUAUCAGUUGUGCUAUGUGGAUCCUGGAAUUGCUAGUUCAGAAGAAAUGGAGCAGCUGAAAACUAUUGAUAGUAUCCUGGUCAGGUUCUAGAAUGCUGGAGACAGGGGAAUACAUAGACUACAAGGCUUGGGAUGCUCUUCCCUGCUUGGAGAAACGUGGACCAUUGAUGCAUUGCUGACUGCUGAGCUCUGCGUUGGGUUUUAUAAUGUAUGUAUGGCCUGUCAUGCUUGUCUCUAUAGAGAAGUCCAAUAAUUUCCUUUUGCUUUGCUCCUACUUAUUUAAACAUUAUCCGGACACUGAGCAUUGAUGCCCUUAAAGUCAUUGUUUUUUUAGCUUUAUGUAUAUUAUUUCCUUUAGAGUUUUGUUCCAUCUAUGGUUGUUCUCUCUUUUUUAGUUCCAUUGGUUUCUUUCUUGUAUUCUAGGAUUAUAUAAAUUAAUUUAUCUAUUCAAGUAGCAUGGUGAAAAUAUUAGAAAAUCAGCAACAUAAGAACAAUUUUGAUACAGUAUUUCAGCAAAUCUAAGAAGUAGGAGUAUAAAUAUGAGAAUCAAUGAACUUUAAGAAGAUAAUUGGUAAGCACAUAUUGUUAUUACAAUCCUUCACCUCUAUUUACAUUAUUCUUUACUUUUAUGUGCAUUCAACUGACAUUCAUGUCAGUAUUAUUACGUGUCUAUGUAUAACUUCUUAACUUUAUUGUUGAAUAUUCCUUACUGCAUCCUGGUUGUUCAUGGAUCUAUAUACUGUAUGGUUCUGGUAGUUGAAGCUGGCAAAACUGACUACAUGAGCAUUAUGCGUUUACCAUGAACCUUACUAUGCCAAUUCUGGAACUGUUUACUGUGGUAUAGAUGCAGUUUACGUAGAAAUGCUUUGGCAGGAUUGCUGCUGCUUACAUGAUCUGUGAAGUAGGCUGAAUGUCUUCAGAUUGCUUAUUCCAGUGCAUAGCUCUUGCAUCUUAUUCUGUGAAUUACCAUGUACUAUCUGAAGUUGUGAAUUGAUCUGCAUAGAGUGUUUGCCUUUAUUUUAUAGAUGCCUUCUUGGAGACCCUCACAAGUCACAACCAGUUCAACUGAAGUGGGCGACUUUCAUAAUGCAUCUGAUUCUGAACACUGGGGUUGCAUUUAGUUACAAGAUCAGAUUCCAAUAGCAAAUCGAGAGGUGAUCGGUCCCAAUAGAUUGUCUGAAACUGGUCAGGUCAUCUGAACCUUGACAAGAUCUGUAGUUGUCAUUUCUGUUAGAAUGUAUGCCGCCUUGGUAAAUAUUCCUUGGCAGAUAGUAGCUCUUUUAUUAUGUGAAACAGAACAUCUGAACGUGACUUUGGUAAUAUUCCAUUCUGCAUAUGUUCUCUCGACGCCUUUUCAUCUUCGGUGCUUACAAUUUGCAGUCUACCUUUGAUCUUCCUUUUUCCCUCUCCCUUGAGGUCUCAUUUUCCCUGUCUGAAAUACGUUGGGAGAUCAUGCAAUUUCCACUAAUAUUGGUGCAUAGAACUGCACUAUUUUGUACCGACAUUUGUCAACUUUCGUCAUAUUGAGCGGAGCAUAGUAAACUAAAUUUUGUUACUGUCAUUGUUA